CGAUAAGCGUCUGCUAAUGCUCGCUUCACUGCGCAUGUAAUUGUCAGUUUGGUAUGGUCGUCCGUAUGUAGUAAACGUGGUAACGUUUGUGAAUGUAAGCAAAUUGUGGUAAUCGUUGAAAACGAUGAUGUUUGGCAAAUCUUUGUUUUUCGAGAAUGAUUCACUGCAUUAAUUCACCGUCGCGCUCUCGGCUACUCAUCGAUAUUUGCUCCUCCGCGAAAAAGCAAAUGUGUAUUUUUGCCCCUUUGCGAUUGCAUUUUGGCAAGUCUCAACGGAGGAUUCGCUUGACAUUCUAACCCGAAGUGUUGAAUAAAAAUUCAUUGUAAUACGCUUAAUAUUAAAAUAAAAUUGAUCAGAUGUGUGCGAAGUAAUAGAUAAUGAUAGGUUACAUGAAAUACAACUGCCGGGAUUAAAUUUAAUAGACGAAACGCGAUGGCGAUAAAAUUUACUCCAAUAUCUUAUUUACUCCUUUUAACUUUUUUACAACAUUAUAGAGAGAUUAAAUUCGAGAUUAGCGUAUCGUUUCUUGCUUUAUAGAAUCUUUAAGAUUUAAGAAGAUUGCAAAUCGCCAGUUUGUUUUGCUCGUGUUAAGAUAACACUCUGAUCUUUCUUAGCCAGCAAUUUGGCUAAUCCGAUGCGUUAUCUGCUUGAGCCAAUUCAAGCUCACUUAAGAUCAUUAUUCACGUUUAUCUCUGACAAUACACAGUGACAUUCCGUCGACGGUGCAAUAAAACUGUUGAGUGCAGUGCAAUUGUCAAGAGCUUGCGACAUGCCCAAAGACGUAAAAAUUGUGAUUGUCGGAGCGGGCGCAGCUGGCAUUGCUGCUGCCUCGAGGCUGUUGCAGAGAGGAGUGAACGAUUUUGUGAUACUGGAGGCCAAUGAUAGGAUCGGUGGCCGAAUAUAUACCAAAAACUUUGGUGAAAAUGUGGUAGAUCUCGGAGCUCAAUGGGUCCAUGGACAAAUUGGAAACGUGGUGUUCGAUCUUGCCUCCAAACAUGAUCUGCUGAGUUCAUUCGACGCUCUCUUCGAUCCUAGCAAUCAUGAAUUUGUCACCAUUAAGGGUGAAAUAAUGCCCUGCGAGGAAAGCAGCGAAGCUCUGACGAUUUAUUAUAAUAUUCUGGAUAAAGCAAAGAAGGAAGAAUUUAAAGAGGAAAGAGGAUCUUUUGGAGAUUAUUUAAUACGAGAAUAUUAUAAAAAAUUUGACGAAAAACCUUUCACGACUCGUACUCGAGUUGCUGAAUAUCUAUCUUGGAUAGAAAAGAUGGAAAACUCUAUACAAUGCAGCGACACAUGGUUCGAUGUGUCUGCAAAGCGUUUGACAGAAUAUUGGGAAUGCGAAGGAGAUACUUUGAUGAAUUGGAAGGAGCGUGGUUAUAAAACGAUUUUUGAUCUGUUAUUGCAAAAGAUUCCAAAUGCAGAGGAAUGUUUGCCAGUGAUGGAAAAGAUAGAGUUCGGUAAAGUUGUGGCAACUAUCAAUUAUAGUUCAGGCGAGAAUGUGACGGUGAUUACCAGAGAUGGUUGCGAGUACUCGGCAUUGCAUGUUAUAUUUACUGGGUCUCUAGGUGUUUUAAAGGAGAAACAUGCCUCGAUAUUCGUGCCACCUUUGUCGCAGAAGAAACAACACGCGAUAGAGGGAUUAAAUAUUGGAACGGCGAACAAAGUUUUCCUCGAAUUUCCGUACAGAUGGUGGCCAGAGGGUAAAGCCAGCUUUGAUUUUAUUUGGUCGAAAGAAGAUGAGAAGGAAUUUUUGCAAACCUAUGGUCAAAAUAGCGAGUGGCUCUGCGAUGUGUUCUCGUUUUUCACUGUGGCUUAUCAGCCGAAUCUUUUAUGUGCUUGGAUAGCUGGCAGAAACGCGAGACAUAUAGAAACCUUAUCAGAUGCUGAUGUAUUUGACGGAUUGUAUUUAUUAUUACAAAAAUCAUUGGAAAAUCGUUGUAAUGUUGUGAAGCCAACAAAAAUGUUAAGGUCUAAAUGGUAUACCAAUGAACAUUUUCGAGGCUCGUAUAGUUUUCAAAGCAUGCUUUCCGAGCAGAUGGAUGUAAAACCGAGAGAUCUAGCCGAACCAAUUAUGACUGGAAACAAACCUGUAAUUCUUUUUGCUGGAGAAGCUACACAUGAUCAUUAUUAUUCCACUGUGCAUGGCGCCGUAGAAACUGGUUUCCGUGAAGCGAAUAGAUUAAUCGAUUUUGAAAGAACGUGCAAUCGCUUAGAUCAACUGAUAGACAACUUCGACAAAGCGUUGCGGAUAGAGAUUGACACGAGCGCGAGAAGAAUGGAAAGGACGAAGGUCGUGAUAGUAGGCGCAGGAAUUGCAGGAUUGGCGGCAGCGAAAACUUUGGAGGAUGCCGGAUUCACGGAUUAUCUUCUUCUCGAGGCUCAAAACGUAGUUGGAGGAAGAAUUCAUUCUAUUUCAUGGGGUAACGGCUGGAUAGAUUGCGGUGCGCAAUUUUUACACGGUGACAAGAGCAGGCUUGCUCAGUAUUGUAUCAACAACGAUUUACUAUCGAACAUUCAAGGUACGGACGGCGAUGGAAUUUUCUUACGUGAUGAUGGAACGGUAAUGAGCGAAAGCUUGGUUCGCGAAGUCGACGACCUCGUGCGAACCGUCUCGGACGAACUCUGCGAAUCUCAAAAACCUCUGAAGAGACUGGAGAAUAUUGGUUCAGUCAUGAGAAGUAGAUUUGAGGAUCAUUUACACGAGAGAAACGAUUCACCGACGGAGAGGAUGAUGAAGGAGGAAAUUUUCGAUUGGAACAUGCGGUUUCUUCUGGUGGAUAACUGCUGCCACUCGUUAGACGAUUUAUCGGCGAUUCUUUGGGGAAAAUUUAAGUAUGUCGGCGGUCCGGAACAUUUGCUCUUCAAGUCUGGCUACAGUUCUUUGACGAAUCAUCUCGUUGGCAGUCUGGAUAAGCGAAAGGUGCGUUUGUCCACCCCCGUGGAGGCCAUUCACUGGAAAGACUCCGUCAAAUCUCCGGACGAUUCUCCGAUUACCGUGAAAACUUUCGAGGGUACUCAAAUCAUCGCCGAUGCGGUUAUCGUCACUUGCUCGCUCGGCUAUUUGAAGGAUAAUCAUCGGAAGAUGUUCCAGCCGCAGUUACCGAGUCGUCUGAGUGUCGCUAUUGAGAAUCUUGGUUUCGGAACGAUAAACAAAAUUUUCCUGGACUUCGGCGAACCUUGGUGGCAAAGGGGCGUGAAUGGUUUUCAAUUACUCUGGCGCAGGGACACCGAUCACCAGUCCUUGCCGGAAUGGACCAAGGAUCUCACAGGAUUCGACGUUCUGCCGAUUCAUCCGGCCACUCUUAUAGUGUGGGUCGGUGGGCGAGGGGCAUGCAUCAUCGAGGAAAUGUCGGAGGAGACGAUCGCGCAAGAUUGUAUGAAUUUGUUGACGCGAUACGUGCGAUAUCGCAAUAUUCCGCCGGUGAAAAAAUGCGUCCGAACUAAGUGGAACGGGAAUAAGUACGUGAGAGGCGGUUACAGUCACAUCACGAAGAGCUGCGAGGAAGAUGACAUAUCGCCUAGAACGUUGGCCGAACCAGUCUGGGCGACAAUAUGGCAAAAUGACAAGAAGAGGAAAAAACAGAAUCUACCAAUCAUACUAUUCGCCGGUGAAGCUACGCAUGACGAGUUCUACUCGACGACACACGGAGCUUACGAGACAGGAAUCCAUCAAGCUGAAGUAUUUUUGCAACAUUACACAACUAUCAAAUAAA